AUGCUAUCGGAAGAAUUGAAUAUCGACGAGGUUGUUGCAGCAGAAAUGGUCUAUAAUUCCUCAGACGAUCUAAAUAGGCUCGACAUGUCUCCAUUACAAGCAGGAGUGGCCCUCUUUCAUGUUCGUCGACAAUAUAUAUUGGAUCUGAUCCGAUACUUUUUAGUAGAGAGUGGGUCUGAUGACAGAAUUAGUGAUGAGUUCCGAAAAAUUGUGAAGUCAUGGAGUGCUAAUGGUAAUGAUGCCGCUCUUGAUAGUAUCUUAGAAGCAUUGAAAUCAGUUGAAGAAGCAUAUGCAGAGCUCAAUGAGAAGGAAAAACGUGGUCAGUUUUUGGGCCAGAUGAAUAACGCGGAAUUUGUCCAAUUACUCAAACUGAGGAGAGACUUUUUAUUACGAGAACAUGACUAUUUAGGACAGAUUUUAUGUGGUCUUGUUCAAAACCGCAUGGUAGAUGCAAAAGGGUUUGCCAAACUUAUAAGCAAAGUCCAAACUCUAUCAGAAUACGACACUAUGUUUGUUCACUAUAUCCCAUCACUAUUAUUAUACAUGUCAACAUUUGAUCCCGCAUUAACAGGAACUGGCUACUCUGUUGAUUUUGAAGAGGCGUAUAAUGGCUAUAAGGAGCUAUCUGGAGAUGCUCAAGGUUGGAAACUCGAUUACUGGAAAGGUGCACUAUCAUUAGCUAUGUUAUCUGGCUUCAGUGGUUGUUGCAGGGCUGAUACUGGUGACGAGAACGGCAGUGGUACUGGUAGUAACCUGAUCAAGUAUAAUAUUUCAUAUGAACUGUCUAUUCUCGAUCCAACAAAACAAGCUAUAGAUAUUGGUGGCAUUGAGUUUCUGAUGAUUUUAGCUGCCAAUACCUCACAAACACUCUCCAAAAAGCCUCAUUUUUAUGACUAUAGACCAUCAGUGCAGAAUAAAGUUCCCUCAUUGAAACGUCUUGGCGAUUUUUCAGAUGAGUUCCUUGCACUGUUACUACAAGAAUUAGAACGACUAGUAGAAUCAGUAGUCACCAACUUGGCAGACAUUCUUAAAGAGAUGAGACUGAAUGAAGAAGAUGCUUUUCUAUCGUUAACAUCUGUCAAUAAUGAGUUUGAUCAUGAAGAAGUUGAUAUGCCAGGUGCAGACUUGGAGAGGUUUUUCAUUUUCGUUUCAUAUCUAUAUUCUGAUAGACCCGAUGCCUCUAUUAAUUUCUGGUUAGAUCCCGAGAGUAGUUUAUAUGGAUUCACCACAUGGGCUCGACAAUCCCACAUUUCUUUCAUGGCAGCCACGCUCUGCGAUAUGCUGGCAUCUCUUGCUUCUGGUAAGGAAUGUGCAAAUGCUGUUUAUCAGCUUUUGAAAGACGAUAGUGAUUCAGAAGAAAAUGGUGAAAUGGGAACUAAGAUCAAUGCUGCUGCCAAAGGCUUUUCAAUGGGACUGGCCAAGCUCGAUAACGGGAACAAUAACAUGCUGAAGCGAAUGAACAAUACCAGUAGUAGUUACAGGCUAACGUGGGAUGUUAUUUUUGACGCUCUAGAUUAUUAUGCCAAACAGUUACAACCUCAUUCUGCAGCACCCUCGUCAAGCUUGUCUAUGGGCGGACUAGGAGCUGCCAAUGGUCGCCAGAAUGCCUUGGUUCUUGUUACUGAUAUGCCAGAGUUAGAUGACGACAUUGUCUUGCUCCUAUCGGCCUACUUCCGUCUUAUCACUGUUACCAUAAGCAAUGAUCCAGAGGCCAGAUUGGAAUUUACAACUGCUGUAGGUGGCAAAUAUAUCAGCACGCUGUUUGAACUUCUUCACUCACAAACAAGUUUGUAUGGAUCUAUUUUAAUGACUUUGGCCGGGUUUGCUAAGACAGACAAUGAACAAAUAAGAUAUGCCUUGUGGACUGCUGUUGAUAAUUGGCUGUUUAAUUCCACCGUAUACAGCCCAGAUGGAACGGUUAUAGCUCCCAGCCUUCCACCUCGUGAAAGAUUGGCCCAGCUAUUCCGAUCGUCUAGUGACAUUGUGGGUCUCAUUACCUUGUUAGAAGCUCUUAUGAGUCCUCUACCUCAAUCAGCCAGACAAGGAUUUCCUUUUCCUCAAGACUUGGGAAGCAAGUACAGGUACCCCGGUAUCUGGCCAUAUGUUGACUUUAUCAUCAAUGAGGUUUUCCUAUCAUCAGCAUCACCCACAUUCACUCAAGACGAAAGAUUAUUUAUCCAACUUCCUUGUCUCUUAUUUAUUCAGUAUUCCCUAGAGCUGUUAGAUCCUGAUGUGACAAGACUUUCCAGUACACUAGGAAUCAACCCUGACAUUGUUGUCCGGUCGCCUUCUUUUCUCAGUUAUCUUUACAACCAUCCAUCUGCACCAACCAUGAGCCAUCUUUUUAGCAGUAAGAUUUACAGCAUUCUCAUUUCCAUUGCAUCGGCCGGUAUAGAUGAGAUUGGAGAACUGGGUCCGGAUGAGCCACUGGUGCAAGCUGUUGUUCACUCAAUUCGAAUCAUGAAUGAUAUUUUAGACUUGCAACAGAUCUUCUUAGAUGUUAUUGUGAAGGAAUUUAAGCAUGGUUCGAGUGCAAACGGCCCUGCUGUGGAUGGUGUGCCAACUGUACCACCUCUCCAAAUCGUAACACAUGGUUUGAAAGCAUUUGAAGAUGUAUUGCUAUUCAAUUUGCCGACGGUAAUUCAUCUAGCAUUGUACAUUGGCUCUUCCAAUAUUGAGCUAGCUUCACGCUCACUGCAGUUGCUUCAAAGGCUUUCUCUCUCUUCUCAAUUUGUGAGUACAGUUAGUACUGACGCUCGUGUGAAGAAAAACCGCUUGUUAAGUACACUUGAGACUGCCGAUGAGUCUAAUCGCAUUAAAGAGGGGUUCCUUGAACAGCUUGAAAGGCCAGUGGAUUCAUAUGUUGAAUUUAAUAACUCAGGAAGUCUUCCAGCAAUUGAGAUCAAACUUGCAUUGCUUGACUUCAUUAUUUGCAACUUGAAGACUAAAUCGCGGGAACCUACUACUGCACACUUCCUUCUCGGUUUUAAGACGACUGGGGAUGGCAAGCUGGACCUAGAUGAUGGUAGAUGUGGUAUUGCAACUGGGGUGUCUUCUUUUAAUUCUAUCCUCAGUUUACUGCAAUAUGGAAUUGAGAACAUCAGUGGCACUGACGUCGAGUACGGUGCAAGUAAGCUGAGCAACGCAUGUAUGGAGAUAAUCUUGCUUCUGGUUCAAGAUCCGCUGUCUUCGCAACCUAUUUUACAGCUUCUCCGUGAUACUGAUUUUGCAUUAUCAUCUCUUAUGGCCGAGCCCGUUGUUGGUCAGGAUUCGUUGUGGAAUGGUCAGCCAUAUGAAUCAACUGCAGCUUUUAGUACAAUCGUUUCCUUUUUCAAUCAUCGCUCUUCGUUGCUAGAAUAUGUCUCGUUGGAAAUCCACGAAAGUGCGGAACUUGGCUCAUUGUCAUUAGUUCUGCGUUAUGUUGAUUCUCUUGUCAAUCUUGAUGUAACGAAAAAGUUGUCAGUCAACCAUCAGGAUUCUGAACAUUCUGCCGCUAUGUUGUCGCUAUUAGAUGUCUUGGAGAUGCCAUCCAGAGAUCAAGAGCCGCUUCAAGAAUCAUCUCUAGAAUUUUUUGGUUCAUCGGUUUUGAACCAGAUUUUCAGCAUACUCGGCAAUUCCAUCGAUCCUUAUGCUAAUGAUCUUGAUACUGACAACGAAUCUGCUAUGUCUGAGCUCAACCAUUUGUUAAAACUCAAGGGACUAGAGUUUGUUGCCAAUGGUAAGAUCCAGUCACUUGAAGAUGGUGUUUUCAAGGCUGCGGUAGAAGAUAUCGUUAGUUUUAUGUACAACUCUCGUACUGGGGGGCUAAUCCGAGACACUCAACUCAAGUGCCUUAGAUCGUGGUCAAAAUUAGCUUUGGUUUUAGUGAACGAUGCUAAUGUGCCCUCCACAAAACUUAUCACAUUCAUUCUGGAAAUCUUCCAGACACUGAUUCCAAAACUUGUAGAUUACUCGUCAUCCGAUAUUGCAUUUGCUGAAGUACUGGCAUCACUACUAGUAUCUUUGCAACAUAUCUAUCAAAACGAGGCCAAAGUUGGUCACGGUAACUCUGAGUUGAAUACUGCUGGUUAUGAUAGGUCGCAUUCCUUGUUCCGAGCUAGUUUGGAAUCAAUUCAGACUCCCUUGGCUACCCCUGAGCUAAGAGCUGAUCUUUACAUUAUUUGCUAUCAGUAUCUCAAAUCAACUCUGGAUUCUCCACAGGCACAACAAGUUAUUCAAGUGGUCAGGGCAGCUGGUGACAGACUUCUUGAAACAAUUUGUGGAGAUGCCCUAUCGGGUGAAGGUGUGACUAGACUAGUGGCAUUGAUAUUCCUGGAGGUAUUAUUCUCUUUGUCGUCUAAGACACGGUCAACAUUUGUACAGGAUGGCCUGGUUCGAUACAAUUUGCUCUUGUUACUGGUUAAAUCGAUUCAACGUACUGAUCAUGAAAUUAGCAACCGCGAUUCGUUGUCUCCCUCAGAACUGUUCUUUGAGUUGAAGGUAUUCAAUGCUACUUUGUGUUUCCUCCUACAGGUGGCGAGAACUAGAUCCGGAGCCAGUCAGUUGAUCCAGAGUGGACUGUUUGAUAUCUUGGAUGGCUGUCAGUUCCUAAAUAUUGAUCUUGAUGUUGGAAUUGAAAUUUCAUCACCUAUCGACCACCGCGCUGGAGCUGUCUCUGAUUUGAAGAUCUCAUUUUAUGAAAUUCUUGUCCCAGUCUUCCAGAUUCUUUGUGCUGUGCUCCUUUCAAUGGGAGCAGAAAAUGAGCCAGUAAUAACUCGGGUGCGCCGAUUCUUGGAAGGACACCAACAGCUUGUGGUUGCUAUUAUGAAAAAGGACAUGCUUCAGAGUAGUCGACCACCAUCUGGAGACGAGUCGUCUGAGGUCGGACUCGACGAUCUAGUCAAACUCACUGUUUUGCUGGUGUCGCUAACAGAGUUUGUUCCUAAUCUGUAA